CAAGGGUCUUGCGUCCUUAUCACCCGUCCUUAAUACACGUUUUGACUGUAGCCACUUCGGCUGCAGCGGGCUCGAUCCUCCGCUGCCUUCCUCUCCUGCCCCUGCCUUCGCGCGUCCAGGGGGCACACCGCACCCGCUACGUAUAUACGCCCAUUGGUGCUGUCGCCAUGCCAGUGCACACCGGGAAGAGGCUCGGGCGCUGCGCCCUGGCAGCCGCCGCGGCGAGCACCGGCUGCAGCGCCCUCGGCACCUGGCGCACGAGCCCCAUGCACGAGUCCGUCGCGCAGCAGGACGCCACGGACAUGUUCGCACACGGCCUGGUGAUACCCGACGAUUGGCAGGAGGAGAUCCCCAUCAUCACCGUCGAGACGCGCACGGACGAGACCAGCUACCCCGUCCCAGGAGUCCCUGGCGCGCGGUUCACAAACCUCGGCGCUGGCCAGGAGUGGCACGGCCUGUUCACGAAGCCCAAGCUCUUCAAGGCGUGGCUGGACAAGCAGCCGGACCCGAAGAAGAUCAUCGUCUUCGCGGACUCGGCCGACGUGCUGUUCGGCGGCUGCAGCAAGGAGCAGCUGAUGGACAACUACAGGGCCACCGUGGUGAAGAGCGGGGGAGUGCCGGUGGUGAUGGGUGCCGAGCUGGGCCUGGACCCCCCGCCGUCGGGCGCCUACACCGACAUCCACAGGCAGUUCGCGGACCGCCGCAAGAAGGUGCAGGACAUCAUGGGCCUGGAGGACGCCUCCUACGGCGAUGCCGCCAUGUGCGAGAUCAAGAGAUCGGACCCACGGAGGUGCUACGUGCCGUCGCAGCAGCAGGUGAAGGAGGGCCACUGGCCGUGCGCGGGCCCGUGCUCCUGGCCGCCCGCGCUGACGUUCCUGAACUCUGGCUUCAUCAUGGGCCCCGUGUGGGCGAUGCGCGAGGUGGCGGCUGGCAUGAUAGAGCACGAGGAGCUCCCCAUGGACGCCCCGUUCAGGAACAACUGGCACGACCAGGGGGCGGCGACUCUGUACAUGGCUGCAAACCCGAACAAGUUGACGUUGGAUUAUACUGGGAGCAUCGUGCUCAACAUGCAUCAGCUGAAGCUGAACGAGAGCCUUGAGAUUAUGGGUGGCCUCUUUAUCAACAAGGUCACCGGCGUGCCCCAGUGCUUCAUCCACGCAAACGGUCCCGCGCUCUUCAAGCUCAACAGGUCCCUCAUCGCCUACGCGAGCCUGCCACCUGGUGGCAGCAUGCGCCUGCACGGAUGGUGAGGCGCCCCUAGGUGGCCGGCAGGCGGCCGACCAGACGUUCUGUGAGCGCGCUCCGGUGGGGUCUGUCGCCCAGGCGGGACGCCUGGGCCUCCCCGAGUGGAGAACGCCGACUUGUUGCCGCCGGUGCGCUCUAGGUGGCCUUUGGAUGUUCCGGACGCCUCUCGACGCAUUCUCGGAGAAGGCCAGGUUUCGCAUCUUUGUCUUGCCAUGGCGGCGGCUUGCCAGGACAAUGUUAUAUACAACUUCUGUUGGUUAUCAGAAUGAAGCGUUGAUGCAGUUGCUUUCAUGGGCGAGGCACCGAUGACCUCGUGAUUUCCUUCGUAAUCGACUGUAUUCCACAGUGGACUUCAUUUCUCGAUGAGCACAGACUUUUAUUCACCACCAACUUAAUCAGUGUUUUAGUCACCACUCUUUG